AACAUCAACGAAACUGAACAAAUGUCAAAAAUGUCGACCGCAUGCUUUUGACGUAUUCAAAUGUCAAACGUUUGCUUUCAAACUCAUGCAUUAUUUUCCAUUAUAACUAAUAUUGAGUUUUGGAAAAAAAAAUGGUUCGUUAUUUGUUGAAUGUUUCGUAUAUAGGAACAGCUUUUAGGGGCGUAACAUUCAUUCAGCCUUAUUAUAGAUACCGAGACCUGCGAACCAUCCAAGGAGUUUUAGAAAAUGCUGUGAAAUGUUUUUUCAAGAAACGUUGUACGGUGUGCUGCUCCAGUAGAACGGAUGCUCGUGUGCAUGCGUUGAGUUCAACAUUCCACAUUGAUGUGGAUCGCGAGCAGUUGUAUGGCGAGGAGGAGAAAUAUGAAAUAAUUGCUGCUUUGAAUGACAAUCUCAAGUGGCAAAAAGCUGCAGUCCGCAUAAAUGCCAUAAAUUUGGUGGAUGAAAAUAGCUUUGAAGCUUAUCGGAAUGUUGAAAAUCGUACAUAUUUGUAUCGCCUAGCGGUCCAAUGGAGAGGCAAACCAAAAGAACCACCCAUUGAAGAGAUUGAUCGAUGUUUUGUCGUCGAGGACUGCGAUAUGAAUAAAUUUAAAAUAGUGGCAGAAAUGUUCGUUGGCAAACAUGAUUUUCGCAGUUUUAUGCAGUACUCAAAAGAAGAAAAAACCAAAGAGGCUUGUUAUUCUCAACGGAAAAUUCAAUCGAUUAAAAUAGAACAAUCCAUGCCCUGUGUGAUUUCUUCUACUUGCGACAACUAUUUUCAAUUUUAUGACAUCACAUUUACGGCCAAUUCAUAUGUUUAUCGACAAAUUCGACGCAUUGUUGGCGCCUUAUGUGCUCUUGCCCAAGGUCGUAUCACUGAACGUGAUAUUUAUGAACUAUUAACCAUACCGUCAUUCCACACUUGGGAUCAUUUAUUUCGUCAAAAACAAAUCGAAACUGCUCCAGCUUAUGGACUUUAUUUUAUUGGAAUCAACUAUAAGCCGGAAGAAGAUUGGACGUUAGAGCCAAUAGAAUUAUCGGCUCGGGGUACACGGAUAAAAUCAUUUUUCGAUGGAGAUAAGCAAGAGAAACAUGGUCAUCAGUCUGAGGCUCAUGGUGCGACAUGAGAAUAUCAGAAUGGAAUCAAAAUCAAUCCGAGGCUUUGCCUCAACAUGCCAAAACUUUUGCCGUUUUCGGAUCUUAAUUAUCUUGUCAAAUGUUUGAGUUAUGCCGCGCACAAGAAAUGCGAACGCAGAUUUGGAAGACGUGUCGCAAGGUCAACAAACGAAAGAUGAGGGAAGAAAAGUUGAAAGUGUUUUUGCUCGAGAAAGAAGCGGAAGAGGGCAACGGAAAUCCAGCAGUUGGCAAUGAUGUCCUACAUCCAGAUCAACUAAAUCCAGAUUUACUCCCAAAUGUAGCGAUCUACCACA